UACAUUAAAUUCCGGCCAGCUUCCUCGUUGAUGAUCAAAUUGGAGAGGAGUUUCGCCGGGCUAGGAACUGACCGCCCGCCUGUCCUUUGACCAAUUCUGCUCCUAAUUGAUAACAAGCACGUGAACAGCAUUGAUGGGAAGAAAGGGGUGGGAUUAAAGGGACACUGUUUUACCUUGUUCACCUUCACAGCGCACCUCCAUGCACUUGGAACACCUUUAGGGUUUAUUUUAUUGUUUUUGUGGUAGUCUAUUGUGGUGUAUGGUUUAUCUGUUUAACCAAGCAUAAUCCAACCAUUCUCUCUCCUCACGGCUCGCCGCUCUGCUGUCUGUUAUUUUGACACCAGCUCUGACCUCGACCACCACAGACCCCAGUUGAUUUUCUUUGCUUUGGGGGAAAACCAUAGCUUAUCGCUCCUGGAGACCACGACGGAGAACGGGCAACCUCCAGAGGAAAGUUUAAGCAUGAGUACGAAAGGCGAUGACCACAACAACAACAACAAUAACGAGGAAGAGGUCCGCACACUUUUUGUCAGUGGUCUUCCCAUGGAUAUUAAACCACGAGAGCUGUACCUACUUUUUCGGCCUUUCAAGGGAUAUGAAGGGUCACUGAUCAAACUCACUUCAAAACAGCCAGUUGGUUUUGUAACAUUUGACAGCCGAUCUGGAGCUGAAGCAGCAAAGAAUGCAUUAAAUGGUAUUCGAUUUGAUCCUGAAAAUCCUCAAACUCUCAGGUUGGAAUUUGCGAAGGCAAACACGAAGAUGGCCAAAAGCAAGCUAAUGGCUACGCCCAACCCCACAAACAUGCACCCUGCCUUGGGAGCACACUUCAUUGCACGGGACCCCUAUGACCUUGCAGGAACAGCACUCAUCCCUGCAUCUCCAGAGGCCUGGGCUCCCUAUCCACUGUACACAACAGAACUGACCCCUGCCAUCCCACAUGCUGCGUUCACCUACCCCGCUGCUGCUGCUGCAGCUGCUGCACUUCACGCUCAGAUGCGCUGGUACCCUCCAUCUGAAGCUUCUCCGCAAGGAUGGAAGUCCCGUCAGUUUUGCUAAGUAUUUAACUACUCCAAUUCAACGAUUAGCAUUUCUCCAUGGAGCAAUAGUCAAGGACAGACUGGAUUUUGUUUUGAGGGUCAUUGGUUGAAGGAGAUGUUGAACAACUGCUUCAUUUUCCUCUGCACUGGAGCAGUCGCUGGCCUGUGGAUUAAAGAACUUUUGGUGAACUUUCAGGUGGGAGAACCUGUAAGCUGUCAGUCUGAUCAAUCCAUCUGGUGCAAGGACCAACUUCAAAAUGACACCACUGCUGUGAAACUUCAGAAUUUAAGGUUGACAUUGAUGGAACUGAAUUACAAAGACCAACGUGGAAUGCUGGUGGUCGUCUUGUAAAAUUUUCAUUUUGUAAAUGUCUCUAUAUAGUUUCACCCACAUCCCCAUCCUUGUCCUUUCUCCCCAUCUGUCCACAUUCCUGUUGAUCAUGUGUCUCCAACGUGUGAAGAUGGUUCUACAAAGCGCAAUUACUCUCCCAAUUUGUAACAUUCUUCAGUGAAGGAGCCUCCUUGACACUGCCGUUGGAAGGCUUGGUUUAUUUUUAGGAUGUCCACCUGUAUAUUGAAGUUCUUGCAGCCUCUGUUCUAUUGCCCUGGCUAGUUACCGUGCCUCCUGGAGAACCCAUCUUGCCAAAUAUCAGCUGUUCCUGUUAAAAGUAUUUUGAACAAUAUUGAGUACAAGUAUUUUUGUACUGGUGUAAUGAAGAAUAUUUAUGCAUCAAGGAUUUUUUGUGCAAUUAAAAUUGUAAUCUGUAUUAUAACUUAAUGUUAGUUCAGUUGAGUUUGGAAAUGCUGAAUAUAGCUCAAUGGUAGUUUAAAAGUGCAAUUGUAUUGUGUUUUUUGCUUACUUUUGCUGUUAAGUACUUAAAGUAUUAGAAGUGUGAUUGCAAAGCUUGUACAAGGACUGCAAGAUUUUGAGAUGCAAUUUGCUGAUCCUUCUAGAAUGUGAAACUCGAUUAUAAAAGAUGAUGAUAAAAA